AAUAUAGUAGCUUCUUCUACAUGUAUGCAUCAAUCUAAUUCAAUGGAGGAAAGUAAUCAAAUAAUGCUUCUUGGCACAGCUGCAAGCCCAUAUGUCAACAGGGUUCAGUUCGUCCUCAACCUUAAAUCUAUCAAAUACGAGUUCAUUGAGGAAAAUCUUGCACGCAAAAGUGAUCUCCUCUUGGCAUCAAACCCAGUUCUAAAAAAGGUCCCUGUUCUUUUACAAGCAAACAAACCACCACUUUGUGAAUCUCUUAUCAUAAUCGAUUACUUAGAGGACAUCUACCCCAAUGUCCACAAACUCCUCCCAUCCGAUCCUUUAGAUCGAGCUAUUAUCCGAUUUUGGGCCAAUUACAUGGAUAACGAGGUUUUACCUUUAUAUGAAAAGCUGAGGUGUACACCUCACAAAGAAGGAAAAGAAGCAAUAAUAAAGCAGAUUAUUGAAGAAUCAAGUUUGAUAGAAAAAACACAUAUCAAGUUUAGUAAUGGGAAGUCUUAUUUCGGUGGAGAAGAUGUGGGCUAUUUGGAUGUUGUUUUUGGAAGUUUCAUAGGUUGGACAAGAUUUGUUGAGAACCAUUACAAUUUCAAGAUAUUCGAUCGAAUUAGGACACCAAAUCUUGUAGAAUGGGCAGAACGUAUGACAUCACAUGAAGACAUUAAAGACGUGAUCCCAAGGGAGGAAACACUCAUGAAUUUCUAUAUGAUGAUUCAAGAACACAAAAAACCAAGAGUUGUUUGAAGCUAUAUUAGGGACACACUCGUGAACUUAUAUCUGAUGCUUCAAAUUCAUAGAUCAAUAAGUGUUUGUUUGUAACUGGAUUUUAUGUUUAUUUCUUAUUUAAGUAUUAUACUACUAUAUAUAAGGUCAUUGUAUUUCCUUUUAGUUUCACCUAUGCAUCACGUUAUGGUACAAAUGUCAACAAUCUUACUUUGGUAUUGUAAGUUUUGGAUUAUGACUAUCGUAAAUGUUUGAAUUUCGUGUUUAAAUAAUUAUAAUUCUCUAAA